AUGAGACUGACUUCAUUAUAUGUCUGUACUACGUGUAACUGUCCAGUAGCGGCAUUCAUGACCGACUGGUCAUCGUGGUCAGCCUGCAGUGCCACGUGCGGCACAUACGGCCACCAGGUGGCGCACCGACGCUGCUUCGGCGCGGACAGCUGCAAGGUCGGGGAGCGCAGCUUGAAGGAUCUCACGCAACAGCGGCCAUGUUUUCUCGGGGCUUGUCCUGUGGCCAACCGGUGGGUUGGUUGGUCAGAGUGGUCAGCCUGUUCUGCGUCUUGCAACGGUGGCAUCCGAUCACGCCAUGCGAGCCGGUGUGUCACCACGCAGUCGUGUCAGGGAUCGAACCGACAGUAUGCAGAGUGCAGCCCGCAGCAGUGCACAGUUGAUGGACAAUGGACAGACUGGUCAUCAUGGAGUAACUGCACGGCUGACUGUGGUGAAGGGAGGGCUGUGAGAAGCAGGCAGUGUGCCGACCCCUCCCCCGCACACUGGGGGCGGCCAUGCGAGGGUCCCCACUAUGAGAGCACUCAUUGCUUGCAGAAGAACGGAUGCGAGGGAGUUGAUGGACAAUGGACAGACUGGUCAUCGUGGAGUAACUGCACGGCUGACUGUGGCGAGGGGAGGGCUGUGAGAAGCAGGCAGUGUGCUGACCCCACCCCCGCACACUGGGGGCAGCCAUUUGCAGGCGGCUGGUCCGGAUGGAUGGAGUGGAGCAAGUGCUCGGCUAGCUGUGACUCGGGCCACCAUUACCGCGAGCGCACGUGCACCGAGCCGUCGCCAGUAGGUGGCGCUCCGUGUCCCGGGUUUGGCAGCGAGGUCGCGACGUGCUUCAUCGCUCCUUGUCCAGAUAUGGUGAGACAGAGCACAUACCUUGCUGGUGACAGCGUCAUUACCUAUCUGCCUGCAGACAAGCCGACACGCAUCCUGCAGCUGUUCAUAAAAUUCAAACCACUCGGCAACACUGGAGUACUCGUGCACAGGUGGCACUCCGUGCUUCUGACGAUCGCCGGACAGGCGGCCAUCGUCCGGCUGAACGACUUGCAAGGUUUCGUCAUGAACUUCACGGGCAUCAUUCCUGAUGAUGUCGAUUACGACCAGCCAAUGAUGAUCGGCUCGAAGGGGGAGCCAGAAGUCACAAAGUCUGAUCAUCCAGGUUUCAAGGGAUUUAUUUCUGCUCUGCAUGUGAACUUUGAGGCAUAUACGCUGCAGCAUACGGAACACUGGCAGGGUCAUGGCAGCCCGGAGUACGGCAUAGACAUUCAGACGGAUAACUCAGAUCCGGAAGCCUUCCUGCCACGGUUCACCGGCCGCAGCUACGCGGUCCUCGCCGUACCGGAGAGCGUCCGCCAGCUACGGCUCAAGCUCACACUGAAGCUGGACACUAGCGGAAGCCAGCUGCUGCUCUUCAGCAGAGGGAGGGAGCCGGGUUCCUUUGUCAGCCUCACCGUGCACGCGGAGAAGCUGAGGCUGUGUAUAAACACCGGCGUGAAGGAGAGCUGUGUGUCAUCCGACACGAUCGCGGUUGACACGUGGUACGUUGUUGACGUCGUCGUCACGGGCGACACGGCGGAGCUUGUGACUCAGUCGGCCGCACGCACCGAGGGCUACGACAUCACCGCCGCGGGACCGCACUUCUCGCCGGACUCCCAGCUUCUCGUCGGCGGCGGCAACGCGGCCGACUGGUCGCUCGUCGUCAUGGCGACGGAGGUGGCCGCGGGGUUGACGGGGGUCGUGCGGACGGUCGGCGUCAACGGUGUGAGACACGAGUUCACGGAUGAGACGCUGUACAGCAGGGACGGUGUGAUGCUGUCAACGCGAGCGAGUCUUGCAGAUCGCUAUGAUGAGGUGUACACUCACAAAUCUACAAUGGUGACACUGACUUGCUCUCAUUCUCUGCAUGGGAAGCUAACAAAUGAUACUGGAGAGCCAGUAGCAGGCAGUGACAGUAGUACUGGGCAAACUUCUGGCAGUGUGACCGAAGGACUUCGAUUAGUCUGGUUCAAAGACGACCAGGAGCUGGCGUUGUCCGACAAUAUCAAACUAGAAGAAAAGACAGUAGAGGGCAGGCUGGUCAGCCGCCUGUCUCUCCUGCCCACCAUGGACACUCACUCUGAAGAGGGGCCGUACGUGUGUGAAGCUCGCAGAGACGGUUACACACGCGUCAUUCAUGCAUACGGAGUCGCCUUCCACACCAAUCUCAUUGGCCUGAAGGAGGAGCUGGAACUAGCAGAGAUUGUUGUUGCUGUCGUUGCUAUUGCUCUGUUCUGCCUCACUGCCAUCGCUACGACAGUAUCUGUCGUAUUCGGCAUACAAAGAGCUCAUGAGAGUUCUGUUGUGACCAUCUGA